AUGUCGGUUGAAAAUAUCAUUAAUCGUAAGCUGGUGAUUGUGGGUGAUGGUGCUUGUGGCAAGACCUCGUUGCUCUAUGUGUUUACACUUGGGGAGUUUCCCACAGAGUACCACCCCACAGUAUUUGAAAACUAUGCUACUGACUGUCGAGUUGACGGCAAGGCAGUGAGAUUGGCAUUGUGGGAUACUGCAGGACAAGAGGAAUAUGAACGGUUAAGGCCAUUGAGUUAUGCCAAAGCUCACGCAAUUUUGAUCGGAUUUGCAUUAGAUACUCCAGAUUCGUUGGAUAACGUGGGGACAAAAUGGAUUGAAGAAGUUCGUUCAUUUGUACCCAACGCCCCGAGAAUCUUAGUUGGGUUAAAGAAGGAUAUACGCCAGCAACAGUGUAACCCUGAAGAUCCUGAAAGUGUUCGACAGUUCGUGUUCCCACAACAAGGUGAAGCCAUGGCGAAACGAAUAGAUGCUAGGAAGUAUAUUGAAUGCUCUGCCCUAACCGGGGAAGGAGUUGAUGACGUCUUUGAAACUGCCACCAGAGCCAGCCUCCUUGUGACAUACAAACCAACCCAGACAUGUUGUUUGAUUCUGUAG